AGCGCUGCGGGGCUGCCGAGCGCGGGGGAGCAGCGGCCGCCGGCGCGGGGAGGGGGGUGGGGUGGGACGGCGCGCGGCCUCUGAGCUCGCGCGACCGGGCCGGGGCGGUGCGGUGCCUUCCGCCCUCUGCAGCCGUCUGCAUAUUUUUUCUUUCUUUUCCGCAAUUUGGAACAUUUUGCAAGCCGAGGGGGCUCGAGGCAGGUGAGAGCAUCCUGCACGUCGUGGAGGAGCCCGUGGCCACUUGGAGCGCUCUCUGGGGACCGUCUGCACUGGGAACCUGAAAGUUUUUUGUUUUUAUAUUUUUAUGUACAUGUAUUUAUAAAGACAUAACUAAUUUUUUUUUCUUCCCUUGUCUCCACCGCCUUGAAGGCGAGUGCUUUUGGCAAAGGACGGAGGAAAAAGCUCAGCAACAUUUUGGGGGGAGGUUGGGGGUUUUUUUUAAGAAAAAAAAUUUCAUCGCAUCGCGAUGGAGAAAAUGUCGCGACCGCUCCCCCUCAAUCCCACCUUUAUUCCGCCUCCCUACGGCGUGCUCAGGUCCUUGCUGGAGAACCCGCUGAAGCUCCCCCUUCAUCACGAAGACGCCUUUAGUAAAGAGAAAGACAAGGAAAAGAAGCUGGAUGAUGAGAGUAGUAGCCCGACGGUCCCCCAGUCAGCAUUCUUGGGACCCACCUUAUGGGACAAAACCCUUCCCUAUGAUGGAGAUACUUUCCAGUUGGAAUACAUGGACCUGGAGGAGUUUUUGUCGGAAAAUGGCAUUCCCCCCAGCCCUUCUCAGCAUGACCACAGCCCUCACCCUCCUGGGCUGCAGCCGGCUUCCUCCUCUGCCCCCUCCGUCAUGGACCUCAGCAGUCGGGCCUCAGCACCCAUUCACCCUGGCAUCCCAUCCCCGAACUGUGUGCAGAGCCCCAUCAGACCAGGCCAGCUGUUGCCAGCCAACCGCAAUACUCCGAGCCCCAUUGACCCUGACACCAUCCAGGUCCCGGUGGGCUAUGAGCCAGACCCCGCUGACCUUGCCCUCUCCAGCAUCCCCGGGCAGGAAAUGUUUGACCCUCGCAAACGCAAGUUCUCUGAGGAAGAACUGAAGCCACAGCCCAUGAUUAAGAAAGCUCGCAAAGUCUUCAUCCCGGAUGAUCUGAAGCAGGACGACAAGUACUGGGCCCGGCGCCGGAAGAACAACAUGGCGGCCAAGCGCUCGCGCGACGCGCGGCGCCUCAAGGAGAACCAGAUCGCCAUCCGCGCGUCCUUCCUCGAGAAGGAGAACUCGGCGCUGCGCCAGGAGGUGGCCGACCUGCGCAAGGAGCUGGGCAAGUGCAAGAACAUCCUGGCCAAGUACGAGGCCCGGCACGGGUCCCUGUAGGCGGGCGGCC